AUGGCCAUAGAUUUUCCAGAAUUUGCUAGUAGAACGGCAUAUCUUCAUAUUGAAGAUUUAUGUUGGUUCUAUGAAGAUUUCAAUUUCUCAGCAUUAUAUGCAAUUGAUGCAGUGCCAGAAACUGUAUUUAAACUGUGGAAUAGUCCUAUGUCCAAAGAAGCUUUUAUGGCUAUGAUCUAUCAAUUUGUAGAAAAAUUCCGGCAAUUUAGAUAUGUAUUGACAUAUAGGAAAAGUGACUGGUUAAAUGUUGUCCAACCAAAGUAUAGAAAUCAACUUUUAGCGGAAAUUUGUGAUCGAUAUAUUUCUAGAUUAACUACUGAUGUUCAAAUAUCGUAUAUGGAAUAUAUAUAUGGGGGGAUUUGUAAAGACAAUUCUAAAUCAAAUUAUCUCAAGUUUUUCACAACUUCAGUAACUUAUGAUAAAUUUCAUGGGAAUUUACUUGAUGCAAUGAGAAGGGUGGAAUUAAAUUGUGAAGUUUUGAUACUGACUUUAAUGGAAGGGCCAGAAAUUGAUAUAUUACCACAAGAAACGUUUAUUAGUACACCUCUAACUGAAGAUUUCCCUGAUGGAAGAUUUAAGGAAAAUUCUCCAGUUCAUGAAAGAUUUAACGUAUUAAAGGCUUCAAAACAAAAUCUGUUAACUGAAAUUAAUGAAUAUUUAUUAGAAUUGGAAUUUAUUCAUCAAGGUCUAUAUAACCCACAAGCUACUAAGAAAGUUGCUAAAACUCAAAUCAGUAAAGGAUUAAUGACAAUUUUUAAAAUUGUACAAAACGCAUAUCCAAUGCUUGAAAAAAUUAAUAGUAUUGUUAAAUUUAGUUGUAAACUUCAUUUAUCGAAUUUGGAAGUAUUAAAGAUAAAUAAGCUUGAUGAAUCUGAUUACCAUAAGUAUAACGAUUCACUACAAAGUAUAAAGGAAGCAGCAAGUCUUAUUGAAAAACAACUUAGUUCAUUACUUGGAUUAACUGUAUAUGCAGAUGAUCCACUUGAAAGACAUCGUAAACAUGUUGAUUCAUUUUAUUUUUUAAUUUGGAGACAUCAUGAUAUCUUUUCUACAUUUAAUACAAUUGCCAAGGAAAUUACUCAAGUUUAUAAAACAUACAACUUAAUUUGUGGAGAUGAUUUACGUCAAACUGGAUAUUCUCUAUUUGAGAAUCAUAUGGGAAAUUUAAGUACACAACUCAAUUAUAUAAUAGAAUUUCUCUCAAGUCAUGGGAUAUCUAUACAAAAUCCAAAUAUGACCAAAAUCAUCAAAAAUGAUAUUCUAUCAUUGGAACUUUAUUCUAGAUUCCAAGACUUAUUUAAGAUUGCGACAACAAUUAAGGGCAACCAUCUUUAUUUUGAAGACAAAGUUAUAACGAGUCAACUAAGAAAGGAGAUGGGAUUGAAAGAAAAUAAGUAG